AGCACCCCACUCUCUGGGGUGGCUCCUGCUGGGCUGCUAUACAUAGGUAGGCCAGCCCAGCCUCGGUGAGGCGCUGAAUGGAGCAGGCUCACUCUUAUCAACCCCGCGUGUCAUCAGAGGGUAUUUUUGGGGACAGCAGCUGCAGGCAUUUGUAACAUUUGGUCCUUGCGCACUGACACCCAGGAGGGGAGCUGGGGGAAGCAGCAGGAGCUGGGUGCCGGCACUGAGAAACACAGGGGAGAGGUGGCGGAGCAAGGCUGAUGGUCCCUACUGCUGCUCCAGCCAGCUGCCUGCCGUGACCCUGGGGAGCUGGUGAUGGAGGGGUUUGGGGGAGCCCCCAGGUUCCUGGCCUAUCCACGUGCCUUCACGGUCCAAAGUGGCACCAAUGUGGUCCUGAGCUGCCAGAUCAUGGGUGAUCCUCAGCCAAGCAUCCUCUGGGAAAAGGACAAGAAUACCAUCGAACCUUCAGGCCGUUUCCAUAUGGAGUCCAAAGGGGACCUGUACAGCCUGCUGGUGUCCUGUGCCACCCCCAGGGACAGUGGACUCUAUGUCUGCAGGGCCAAGAAUAGCGUUGGCGAGACUUACGCUGCCACCACGCUCAGUGUAGAGCCAGCGGAGCCCGGAGAAGAGGAAGGAUGCUCAGGCAGUGUCGCACCUGCCUUCCUCACUGCCCCCUCGUCCAUGCGGGUGUGCCGCGGGGAGGACGUGAUGUUCACCUGCAGGGUGUCUGGGCAGCCCUGCCCGGUGCUGGAGUGGGAGAAGGACGGGCACAAGCUCUCUGACCUCUUUGAGAGCAGCCACUUUGCAGUAGGGCAGAAACCAGAGGACUGGCACUUCCUCAAGUUGUUCAGUGCGCGGCCCCAGGAUGGGGGAGUGUAUGUAUGCCGGGCACGCAGUGGAUCCCAGGAGGCCCUGGCUGCUGCCGUGCUCCUGGUGGAAGCCCAGGCACCGCUGCAUGGGCUCCCCAAUGGCUCCCCUGCUGAUGGUGCCGAGGUGCUGGUGGAGCAGCAGCGGUGGCGGCGGCACGCAGCGACACGGCGUGUGGGACCGGAGACCUGGGUGCCCAAUGGCGUAGUGCCAGCCAGGGUGCCAGGGGCCAAGGCAUUUGCCGUGAGCGCAGGGAAGCAUGCCAAGUUUCGCUGUUUCGUUACUGGCAAGCCCAAACCAGAGAUUAUCUGGCAGAAAGAUGGUGAGCCUCUCACCCCUGGUCGCAGGCAUCUCAUCUAUGAGGACCGGGAGGGCUACUUCAUCCUUAAGGUGCUGUACUGCAAACCCCAGGACCAGGGGUUGUACAUGUGCACUGCUUCCAACACCGCUGGCCAGACCCUCAGCGCAGUACAGCUCCAGGUGAAAGAGCACCGGCUGCGGUUCCAGGUGCAGCUGGCAGACGUGGAGGUAGCAGAGCGGGAGGAUGCAGUGCUGGAGUGCCAGGUGCCCCUGGAGACCAUCCCCACCUCCUGGUACCUGGAGGACAGGGAGCUGCAGCCCAGUCACAAGUAUGUGAUGGAGGAGCGAGGGGUGGUGCGGCGCCUAACCAUCCGUGAUGCCCGCACCGAUGACGAUGGCAUCUACCUCUGCCAAAUGAAGGACAAAGGGCGCAGCAUCGCCGAGGUCUCUGUGCGAGGGGUGAUUGUGAAGCGUCUGCCACGGAAGCUGGAUGUGAUGGAGGGGGAGAAUGCAGUUUUCUGUGUGGAGACACGGGAUGUGGUAGAGGGCAGCUUCUGGAGCCGGGAUGGGCUACAGCUGUGCGAGUCACCCCGUACUGUGCUUAAGAGCUUCAGCAGGACACACCUCCUGGUGCUGGUGCAUGUCACUCGCCAGGAUGCAGGCAUCAUCUCCUUCACUGUUGGGGAGUCGCAGACAUCCUCCCAGCUCCGGGUCAAGUGUGUGAAGCACGACCCUCCGAGUGCACCGGUGGCAGCUGAGAUGAGCGUGGUGGAGAGCAACAUGGCACUGCUGACUUGGUGUCCUGCGCCUGACUCCCACCUCCGCCCCGCCAGCCACUACCUGCUGGAGCGUCGGGAGGCAGCGGGAGAGGAGUGGGUGCAGUGCCUUGCCACCGACCUGCCCAGCUGCGUGCGGGUGCUGGGCGACAGCGUGCCUCGUGAGGCCGACUAUUGCUUCCGCAUCUCUGCCGCCAACAAGCACGGCACGAGCAGCCCUGUGGAGUUCCCCGGAGCUGUGCAUCUUGCCCCAGCAGCUCGUCUGGAGAGGGGUCUGCAGGACACGUGGGUGAGGGACGGUGAGGAUGCACAGUUCUCCCUGGAGCUGUCAGCCGCGGUACACGGAUCCUGGUUCCUCAAUGGCACCAGGCUGGGAGAGGAGGAGGAUGCAGGUGGCCGGUGCAGUGUACAGCGCCGUGGGAUGGAGCACUCGCUGCUGAUCCGGGGAGCACGACUGGCUGACACUGGGGCCCAGGUCACCUUCGUGUCCGGUGGUGUGAGGGACUCAGCUAUCCUGCAUGUGCAAGCCCCACAGGUCCACAUUGCCCCAGUGUCUGAGGCCGAACGACUCCGGAAAGUGCCAGCAGGGUUGCCUGUGCUGCUGGAAUGCCAGGUGUCCGCCCCAGAUGCCCCUGUCUGCUGGCUGAAGGAUGGCAAGGCCGUGCCCCUGGAUGACGUUAUCGCCGUGCAGACAGAGGGCUGCGUGCGGAGGCUGCUCCUCCGCUCAGCGUGUCCCUCAGACACCGGUGUGUACACCUGUGACGCUGGGGAUGAUGCCAUGGACUUUGUGGUGACUGUGACCGAGGUGCCGGUGAGGAUUAUCAGCUCCAGCGAGGAAGCCCCCCACACCUACGUGGCCAGGCAGCGUGUGGAAUUGUGGUGCCAGCUGUCCCGCCCAGCAGCCCCAGUGCGCUGGUACAAGGACGGAGAGGAGGUGGAGGUGGGCGAGAGCCUGGUGCUCGAGCAGGAGGGGCCACUGUGCAAGCUGGUGCUGCCCUGCGCUCAGACACAGGACACAGGGGAGUUCGUCUGUGAUGCUGGUGGGGACUCUGCCUUCUACACCAUCACUGUGGUGGAGGAGCCGGUGAGGAUUGUCAGCUCCAACGAGGGGGCCUCCCACACCUAUGUGGCUGGACAGCGUGUGGAGCUCUGGUGCCAGCUGUCCCGCCUGGCAGCCCCGGUGCACUGGUACAAGGAUGGGGAGGAGGUGGAGGCAGGUGAGAGCCUGGUGCUGGAGCAGGAGGGGCUGCAGUGCCGGCUGGUGCUGCCCUGCGCUCAGCCACAGGACACGGGGGAAUUUGUCUGCGACGCUGGUGGGGACUCUGUCUUCUACACAGUCACUGUGGCAGAGGUGCCAGUGAGGAUUGUCAGUUCCAACAAGGAGGCCCUGCAUUCCUACGUGGUUGGACAGCGUGUGGAGCUGUGGUGCCAGCUGUCCCACCCAGUGUCCCCAGUGCGCUGGUACAAGGAUGGUGAAGAAGUGGAGGUGGACGAGAACCUGGUGCUGGAGCAGGAAGGGCUGCAGUACCGGCUGGUGCUGCCCUGUGCCCGGAUACAGGACACAGGGGAGUUCAUCUGCAAUGCCAGAGAUGCAUCUGUCUCCUACUCCAUCUUGGUGGCAGAGCCACCAGUGAGGAUCCUGCAGCCUCCACAGCGCUCACUGGAGCUGCUGGUUCAGGCACCAGGGUGUGUGGAACUGCGGUGCGAGCUCUCUGUGCCAGAUGCUCCGGUGCACUGGUUCAAGGAUGGGUUGGAGGUGGAUGAGACUGAUAACCUGCUCCUGCUGGUGGAGGGGGCCUGGCACUGUCUCUUCAUCCCCAAGAGCAGCGCAGAGGAUGCAGGCGAGUACAUCUGCGAGACCAAGGAUGAGGCCGUCUCCUUUGACGUCAAGGUGUCAGAGCCUCCGGUGAGGAUCCUGCAGCCCUGCAGACCUGUCCCUGUCAUGACGGUGUCCCCGGGGGAGACGGUGACACUGUGCUGUGAGCUGUCCCGUGCAGAUGCACCUGUGUGCUGGGCAAAGGAGGGUGUCAGGCUCGAGGCUGGGGGCAGCUUGGUCCUGGAGGAGGAGGGUGCCUAUCGCCGGCUGCUGAUCCCCACUGCCCAAGCUGAGCACUCUGGAAAAUACACCUGUGACACUACCAAUGACACAGUGACUUUCACCAUCCAAGUGUUGGAUCCGCUGGUCAGGAUCCUGGAGAAAGACGUCCUGCUGACCCACCGGCGUUGCCAGGCCAUGGAGGACCUGGUGCUGGAGGUGCACCUCUCACACACCCAUGGGGAGGUGAAGUGGUACAAGGACGGGGAGAAGCUGCAGGACACGGGGCGUGUGCGGCUGGAGGAGGACGGGCUGCGCCGGUCCCUCGUGAUCCUGGGCACCACGGGCAAGGAUGCUGGGGAGUAUCUCUGUGACACCGGUGAUGACAGUAUCAUUUUCUUCAUUACUGUAGAAGUCCCAGAGCCACCGGUGACCAUCGUGGGCAACACGGGCACCGCGGUACAUCGCUGCCUGGUGGCCGGGGAAGACCUGGUGCUGGCUUGUGAGCUCUCCCGGCCCAACGCCAUUGUGCGCUGGCUCCGGAAUGGCCAGGAGGUGCAUCCGGGUGAACGGGUGCAGGUUGAGGCCCGUGGGGUGCUGCGACAGCUCACUGUCAGUGGGGUACAGCCCAGCGACACAGGGUGCUACAUCUGUGAUGCUGCCAGCGACCGCAUGGUGACAAAUGUGGAGGUGUCAGCCCGGCCUGUGUGCAUUGUCAACAAGGAGGAGGCGCAGAGCCCGCUGGAGGUGCAGGAGGGGGACAGUGUGACACUGGUGGCUCGGCUGUCCCAGGAGACAGCGGCAGUGCAGUGGCAGAAGGACGGACUGACGCUGUGCUCAGGUGGGCGGCUGCUGGUGUGCAGCGAGGGUCCCAUGCACAGCCUCACCAUCAAGCAAGCGGAGCUGGGUGACGGGGGCAUCUUCCUCUGCGACGCCGGUGAUGAUGAGGCGCAUUUCACACUGCAUAUGACGGCAGAGGGACGGGAGCGGUCGCUGGUGCUGAGCCGCGUGGAGCCCGCGGAUGCCGGCGAGUACUGCUGCGAGUCCAACGACGACCAGACCCUGGCGACGCUGACGGUGCAGGUCCCCAGGGUGGUGGAGAUCAUCAUGGAGCUGCAGAGCCUGACAGUGCUGGAAGGGGAGGAUGCCACCUUCAAGUGCCUGGUGUCCCCCGAAGAUGUGGCUGUGACAUGGCAGCUGAAUGGCCAGCCCGUGGCCCCCAGUGAGCGUCUGCUGGUGACCAGGAGCGGGCUGUGCCACGGCCUCACCCUCCGGCAGUGCCAGACAGGUGAUGCAGGCACUGUGACAGCCAAUGCCGAGGGGCUGGUGAGCACAGCUCGGCUGAGCGUACAAGAGGCACAGGUGCUGUUUGUGCGGAAGCUGCAGGAUGUGGUGGCAGAGGAGCAGGGGGACGUGUGCCUGGAGGUGGAGGUGAGCCAUGAGGCUGCCGAGGUGCAGUGGCUGAAGCAGGGCAUCCUCCUUCAGCCGGGAAGCAAAUACCUGCUGCAGGAGUCGGGGUGCCGGCGCACCCUCACCAUCUGCUGCCUCGGCCCUGCUGACCGCGGCACCUACCGCUGCGAGAGCCUGCACGACCGCACACAGGCCAAGCUCCACGUGGAGCCCCGGAAGGUGUCAAUCCGGACACCACUGGCAGAUGUGGAGACCUUUGAGAAGGAGACAGCCACAUUUCACCUGGAGCUGUCUCACCCUGGCGUGACUGGGGUCUGGACACGGGACGGUAUCCGCGUGAAGCCCAGCAGUACGUGCCGGAUCAGUGCCACGGGCUGCGGGCAUAGCCUGACACUGGAGAGGCUUGCACUGGAAGACUCAGGGACUGUCACCUUCACUGCUGACACUCUGCGUUGCAGCGCCCACCUGCGUGUGCGGGAGCCUCCAGUCACUAUGGUGAGAGUCCCACGAGACCUGGGGGUGCCAGAGACGGGGGUUGCCAGCUUCGAGUGUGAGCUGUCUCGCCCUAAUGCAGAGGUGAAAUGGUUCAAGGAUGGACAGGAGCUGCGGCCAGGGCCCAACUGCCGCAUCUACUCGGCGGGACGGCGCCGCAUCCUGCAGCUGAACCGCUGCGAGCUGAGCGACACUGGCAGCUACACCUGCGAUGCGGGUGACUGCCAGGCCUCCGCCACGCUGCACGUCCAAGAGCGCCAGGUCCACGUUGUGCAGGAGCUGCAGGACGUCAAGGUGCGGGAGGGUGACAACGCAGUCUUCACCUGCGAAGUGUCACAUGGGGACGUGAAGGGCGAGUGGUUUCGGGACGGGGAGAAAAUCAAGGUCUCCAGCACAGUGAAGAUACGGCAAGAAGGGACCCGGCAUUUCCUGCUGUUCUGUGGUGUGCGCCCUGAGGACAAGGGACUCAUCCGCUUCACAGCCAGGACAGUCAUCUCGGAGGCCAGUCUGCAGGUGGAAGCACUGCCAAUCCGGAUCGUGAAGCCACUGCGGGACAAGACAGUGCUGGCGAGGCACAAGGCGACACUGGAGUGUACCGUGUCCCACGCCCGGGGCCGGGUGCGCUGGCUCCGUGGGGACACCGAGAUCUUUGCUGGUGACAAGUAUGAGAUCUGCAAUCUGGACUGCUACCGCACACUCAUCAUUCACCGCGUGGGCCCCGAGGACGAGGACUCAUACACCUGUGACGCCUUCGAUGACCGCUCCACUGCCCGGCUCCUUGUGGAGGGGAGCUAGAAGCCAGGAUGUGGUUCUCAGGGCCUGCACGCAGACUGAUGGAUGCCACUGCUACAAGAUAGGGUCAUGCUCCCCCUGGCAUGGACAGACCCACGGACACCAUCCCCAGCCUGCUCCAGCCUCAGGGCUCUGCAUUAAACAGCCUUUUUUUCUGACGUGGCUUCUUUCACACCAGUGAGCCGGGGUCCCAUUAAGAUAGAAGAUAGCGGCAUCGGUCUCCAUU